CUUUGUGAGGACCAACUCCAUUGGUCCUGAAGUGAAAACAAGCUACACCAUUGCUGCAAAGCGCUUGACGCACAGUGCUAGAACUAAACUAUAAACAAUGUGAAAAACAAGAGAGAUAAAGAAUUAUUUACAUUCUUCUCCAGCUCUUUCCCAGGCUAGAAUCUCUCGUUUCUCUCUUUGACUGAAUCUGAGACCCACAAGGUGCCUCCAUGGCGUUCUGGAACUCCAUGGGUGAGCACAGCAGCCAUCAGUUACCUGGGCAUGGAAUGUUGCCACUGGUUGCCAGGGGCACUCCUGGUUCCAAGGUUCUGUUGGCACGGAGUCUGUUGAGCCAGUUGAGGGAUUCUCUGCUGCGCAGCAGACGCAGAGCAUCCUUCUUCUCCAUCCCGCGAGGGAAUAGAGAGCGAUUUGGUGACUUUUGCAGGCCAAACUCUGGACUGACCGUACAGGUUUGGUGAGCAAUUUUCUGUCACGCUGAAAAAUCUGCAGUGGGCUGCCUGAAGGAACUGAAGGGAUUGGUCACAUCCCUGACAUUCCUUUUUUGGAGUUUGUCCCGCUUCUUUUGGUGGUUGUUUUUGAUCACCAAACACCAUGAGCUCACGUCAGCGAAAGCGCCCUGGAGGAGCAGUUGAUUCCAGACCAGCUCGGAAACGGAGCCGGCUGCUGCCCUCCAGCGCAGGUGGAACUUCGCAGAUGGAGCCAAUAGACCUGGAGGAAAGUGGCACACCUGCUUUUGAGCCUGCUGCUGGAGAAGUCAUAGAUCUCACAGGUGUCUCUUCUGAGCCUGAAGUCAUCACUAUCAGUGAUGAUGAGUCUCCUGUGGACAGGCAGCAGAGCCAGCAGCAGCCACAUCUUUCCAGAGUGUCAGAGAAUUCAGCCGAGCCACUGGCAAGGAACGAUGAAGAGGAACCUGGAGAAGAUGAUGGUGCAUGGCCAGCAGGUCCUUCUGGUCCUCCAGUGAGGGAGGGUGACAACUCACAGGUGCAGGACAAGGGGCAGAGCCAGCAGCACUCACUUGGCCCCAGCGACACCGAGAAUUCAGCUGAGCUUCGGGCAAGUGACAGUGAAGAGGAACCAAGUGAUAAUGAUGAUGCAUGGAUGACAUGUCUCCUGAGUCCUUCAACUUGUGAGGAUGACAAUGCAGAGAGCCAGCAAGACCCACUUGAUUCCAGAGCAGCAGAGAAUGCAGCUGAAGUACUGGCAGAUGAGAAUGAAGAGGAACCACAAGAUAUUGAAAGGUAUGUGACAGAUAAAGUGUCUCUUCAAAGUCUAAUUUCUGAUAUAUGGUAGAAAACCGGUUUCUGCCAAGCUUUAUGGCUUUUCUUUUCUGUUCAUGAAAUCCUAAUGGAAUGUAUCUUUCUGUAACACUGUAGUAACACUGAAGAGGCUGAAGUAUAUGAAAGUAAUUGAAAUGGGGCUGGGAUGUUGCUAAAUCAGAAGAAGGGAUGUUUUACUUUCUGGCAUUUCUGUAUCAAUAACCUGUCAUGCAUGGUGCAAUUAAUGGCUGCAUGUUCUUUCUGCAUCUGUUCUCUAUAACACAAGGCCCUCUGCUAGUCUCCUCUGCGUGAUUUGCAUGAGUUGUUACUCACAGGUAAGGAUCCACCUGUUGUUGUCCUUUCAGAUUAGUGGGAGGGAAAGG